AUGGCCACGAACGGAGCCCAGGAGGCCUUCGCGCCACCCGAUGUGCUGGCUGCCGUCAUGACCAUGAGGAGCGGGGAGCAAGAGGCCAAGAAGCACGCCCAUGAGUACUUGGAGAGAUUUCAGAAAUCGAAAGCCUCAUGGGCAACUAUAAUAGGAAUUUUGCAAUCUGAUGCCGAACCAGAGGCUACCCUCUUUGCGGCCAUCACCCUGCGUGGAAAGAUCACAUACGACCUUUCUACUCAGGUUCCUCCCAGCGAACUCCCCGGGCUUCGAAGCCAGAUCCUCCUUCUCCUGAAGCACUUCGCCCCCGGGCCCAAACCCAUCCGUGUCCAGCUGUGUGUGUGCCUGGCUAUUCUAGCGAUCCAGAUGAAGGACUGGAACGACGUCCUGGCGUCUGUGGUCCAGUCCCUUGGCGACAGCCCCGAGAGCUAUGCCUGCGUCCUGGAUUUCCUCCGAGUCCUCCCUGAAGAAGUCACCGAAGGUCGAAAGAUUACCUUGUCUGAAGAAGAUUUGGCGGCGCGAACCCAAGCUUUGUUGGGAGAUAAUGCGGACCAGGUUGUCCAACUCCUCAUUAACUAUUCUCAAUCGUCACCUGCUGCCGCCCAAAAUCCCCAGUUGAUGGAGUGUAUUACAUCGUGGCUGCGAGAGGUUCCCGUCGGCAACAUCGUCAAGUCACCCCUUUUGGACCUCAUCUUCACUGGCGUUACAAGCGACCAGUGCAGCCAGGAGGCUUCCGAGUGUCUCUGCACCAUCCUUAGAGAGGCUAGCGAUGUGGAUGUGACCCCGGAUGUCAUUGAGAUCCUGUUCCCAAGGAUCAUCUCCCUCAAGCCUCAAGUGGUCAAGGCGGCGGAGGAGGAGGACACCGAGACUCUCAAGGCCCUGACCAAGGUGUAUGCUACUGCAGGAGAAAGCUGGGUUGUGGGUAUUGCUCGCCAGCCCACUCAUUUCCGACCCCUGGUCGAGGCCAUCCUGGAAUGCGCCUCAAGAGACACGGAGCGAGACGUGAUUGAGCACACCUUCAACUUCUGGCUGGAACUCAAGCUGUAUCUCGUGUUGGACAUCUAUAUCGAGGGCCGUCUGCAACUGGUGGAUAUCUACGCUAAGCUGGUGGAUAUUCUUCUGAAGGAUCUGGAAUACCCCAAGCCGGACUCGGGCAACGAAAACGACCUCUUCGACGGAGACCGCGAACAGGAGGAAAAGUUUAGGGAGUUCCGCCACCAUAUGGGUGACACGUUGAAGGACUGCUGCGAGGUUAUGGGUGUCACGGAAUGCCUGACCAAGGCACUCCAGGCUAUUCAAGUAUGGAUGUCCAAGUAUGCCAGCCAGGUCACGGACACCAACGUCCCUCACUGGCAGGAGCUGGAGGCUCCUCUGUUUGCUAUGCGUGCCCUGGGCCGUAUGGUUGACAAGGACGAGAACAUUGUGUUGCCGCAGCUCAUGCCUCUGCUCGUACAGAUCCCCAGUCACGAGAAGCUUCGGUUCGCCACCAUCAUGGUGCUGGGACGUUACACUGAGUGGACGGCAGCGCAUCCCGAGUACCUCGAGCCUCAGUUCAACUACAUCGUGAGCUCGUUCCAAACAGAUUCCAAGGAGAUCAUCCGUGGAGCAGCUCUCGCCAUUAAGUAUUUCUGCACCGACUGCAAGCAUCUCCUUAGUGGGCAGGUGCUUCAGCUGCAGACUUUCUACGAUCAGAUCCUGGACAAGCUGCCCGACGCGAGCAAGGAGGAGAUCACGGAGGGUGUGGCCAACGUGGUAGCUGUCCAGCCCGUGGAGGAGGUUUACCGACUGCUCAAGACGUACUGCGACCCAUUGAUCCAGCGACUGAUGGCCAAGGCGAACAAUGCCACUGAUGAGGAUGGCAAGUUGGCACUUGCGGAUCACCUCCAGCUCAUCACCAUCUUCGUUCAGAACGUGGUGCCACCUCACAACCCAGGCCAGGAGAACCUUGCUGUCAAGUACUGGCAGGAGGUGUUCCCCAUUCUCUCGACUGUGUUGGACAACUUCCUCAACUUUACGCCCAUCUGCGAGCGCGUGUGCAGAUGUUGGCGUAACAUGGUCAUCUCAUACCGCACAGCGAUGGCGCCUAUGCUUCCUGACAUGGCAAACAAGUUGGCGAGCGGCUUCAACAACUCGAGGGAGGGCUGCUUCUUGUGGGUGACUUCUGCCAUCCUGCGCGAGUUUUCCGAGGCACGAGAGCACGUUGACCCAGCGACUACUGAGAACAUCUACACCUUCUUUGAGGCUCAGACGACAACGUUCCUGAGGGUCAUGACAGAGCUGCAGCCGAAGGAGCUUCCUGAUGUCAUUGAUGAUUUCUUCCGUUUGUUGAUUGAUGCUCUGCUCUACUACCCUCAAAAGCUUAUCCCCUCUCACCUGUUGAGGUCGAUUUUUGAGGCAGCCGUCUAUGCGCUCACUCUGGAGCAGCGUGACCCCCUAUCUUCGACGCUGCAUUUCCUGAGGGACCUUCUCUCUUACGGAGGCGAUAACCCGGCUACCAGUGACGGAAUUCCCGAGGCUGCGGCGGCUGAGAUCAAGACCAUUGUCAAGAACCUCUUGCUUGCACUUGGAGAGAACCUGGUGAAGCAGGUGAUGGCGGGUAUGAUGAUCACGUUCCCACGUGACUGCUUCGCAGACGGUAGUGGUGUCUUGCUGGCACUGUUUGAACUGCUCCCGGCCGAGACGCACCAGUGGGUAUCGCACACGAUACAGCUCCUGCCCGAGGGUACUGUGUCCCCAGAGGAGGCGAACCGGUUGAUGGUCAAGAUCAAAGAGAAGCUCGAGUCAGGAGACCCAAGCGCUAUCAGGAACGUGCGUGCCGUCCUACAGGACUUUACCAACACGUACAGACGACGUAACGUGGCACCCCGAGACGGUCUCGGCCAGCUCGAAGCUACCCGGUUCCAGUUCUCGGGUUGA